AUGCAAAGAGUCGAGAGCCUCGUGGAACGAGCGCGUCAUCUAUCGCUCCACCCAACCACAGAAACACCUCUAGACACAUUCCACUCAACAGUCGAUAGUCAUCUGCAGAAGAUCUACGAGUCACUUUCCACACAGAAAGUCACAAGCGUUGACUUCUUCAACCAUAUCCAGCGAGAUGAGAGUUCUCCUGAGGGUCAACUUGACCCGUUGAGCUCGCUGGAUGCGUUUCGCGCGUACAUGAAAAAUCCUGCUUCCCGUGCGCUGGGUGAAGCAAAGGAAAUGGAUCUUUCGGCGCCUAUUUCGGAUUAUUAUGUUUCCUCCAGUCAUAAUACGUAUUUGACAGGGAACCAGCUGUAUAGUGAUGCUGCGGCGAGUGCGUAUACGUCGGUACUUCUACAUGGAUGUCGAUCUGUUGAGAUUGAUGUGUGGGAUGGUGAGCCGAAGGAUGCGGAUUCCGAUGGGGAGACUAGUUGUAGCGAGUCUUCGGACAAUGAAGUGAAGAAAUCGACUUUGAAAUCCAGACUAAAGGCGACAAUCAAGUCUAAACUCGGCAGUGAAGAGAAAGCCGCCAAGGAGCUUUUAGACGAGAAGUUGCAUCGGAAGAGCUCCACGCCUGCAAAUGUAAGUGCCAGUAACGAACAGACCGUCGCACCUGUGCUGGAGCCUCGCGUUUUGCACGGGCAUACUCUCACUAAGGGAACAUCCUUCCGCGAGAUCUGUUAUGCAAUCCGUGAUGCUGCGUUUGUGAACAGUGAUCUGCCUGUGAUCAUUAGUUUCGAAGUUCAUGCAUGCUUGGAGCAACAGCAGAUGAUGGUUGAUAUUGUCAAUGAUGCGUGGAAGGGUCUUCUAGUCGAGGUACCAUCGGACGUGGAACCUGCUAAGCUGCCCACAUUAGGGGAAUUGAAGCGGAAAAUUUUGAUCAAGACCAAGUCCACGCCUCUGCAACAAGCAGAUCUGAAGGCUGAGCUAGAGGAAGCGUCCGAACCUUCGGCCGAAGCCAGUGAUCAGUCUGUGGACGCGCAACAAAAGCCCGCGAAGCCCUCCAAGAUCCUGGAGGCUCUCGCCAAGUUAGCUGUAUACACGCGAGCGUAUCACUUCACCCGCUUCGACCAGCCAGAGGCGAAAGUUCCCCACGUCUUCUCCUUAUCCGAAAGGGCAGCCCGCGACGCACACACAAACUACCGCGACGCCUUAUUCGAACACAACCGCUGCUCACUGAUGCGAAUCUACCCGUAUGCGCUCCGUGUAACAUCCUCAAACCUGGACCCGGCCUUCCACUGGCGCCGCGGUGCCCAGCUGGUUGCCUUGAACUGGCAAAACCUCGACAAGGGUAUGAUGUUGAAUCACGGCAUGUUCGCCGGAACCCAAGGCUGGGCCCUCAAGCCUCGGGGGUACCGUAGCUCCGAGGGCCCCGCGGACUCGAUUACGCGAACCAACAUCGAAUUGAAAAUCGAGGUCUUCGCAGGCCAGGACCUUGCGCUCCCGCAGAACCACUCGGAAAAGGGAUUUAAGCCCUACGUCGUUUGCCAACUGCAUGUUGAGGAGCCCGAGGGUCCUGCUGCAGCGGACCGGGACGAUGCGAGCGAUGAUACAGACAAGAGUAGUUAUCGGCGUCACACGAAGACGGCAUCAGGUAGGAAUCCAGAUUUCGAGGCGCAGGGGUUGGUUUUUCCCACCGUUGUGGGUGUUGUUGAGGAGCUCAGUUUCGUUCGGUUUAAAAUCAAGGACGACGAGUUUGUACGGGACUCGUUGGCUGCGUGGGCAUGUAUCCGUCUCGACCAGCUGCGGGAAGGAUAUCGAUUUAUCCAUCUCCAUGAUAGCACCGGGUUAAAUGCAGGGGGUGUCCUAUUGGUGCGGAUCAGCAAACGAAUUUCCUAG